CCUAUCCGGAGGCGGAACCGGCAGUGCGGCCCGAAGGCCCACAGUCACCGAGCGCUCCCGGCCAUGCGACCCCUGCGCCCCCGCGCGACGCUGCUCGCGCUCCUGGCCUCGCUCCUGGCCGCUUCCCCGGUGGUCCCGGCUGAGGCCCCGCACCUGGUGCAGGUGGACGCGGCCCGCGCGCUGUGGCCUCUGCGGCGCUUCUGGAGAAGCACAGGCUUCUGCCCCCCGCUGCCACACAGCCAGGCUGACCAGUACGUCCUCAGCUGGGACCAGCAACUCAACCUCGCCUAUGUGGGCGCCGUCCCUCACCGCGGCAUUGAGCAGGUCCGGACCCACUGGCUGCUGGAGCUUGUCACCACCAGGGGGUCCACUGGACGGGGCCCAAGCUACAACUUCACCCACCUGGACGGGUACCUGGACCUUCUUAGGGAGAACCAGCUCCUCCCAGGGUUUGAGCUGAUGGGCAGCGCCUCGGGCCACUUCACCGACUUUGAGGACAAGCAGCAGGUGUUUGAAUGGAAGGACUUGGUCUCCAGCCUGGCCAGGAGAUACAUCGGUAGGUACGGACUGGCGCAUGUUUCCAAAUGGAACUUCGAGACGUGGAACGAGCCGGACCACCACGACUUUGACAACGUCUCCAUGACCAUGCAAGGCUUCCUGAACUACUAUGAUGCCUGCUCCGAGGGUCUGCGCGCGGCCAGCCCGGCCCUGCGGCUGGGAGGCCCUGGCGACUCCUUCCACACCCCACCGCGAUCCCCACUGAGCUGGGGCCUCCUGCGCCACUGCCACGACGGUACCAACUUCUUCACCGGGGAGGCGGGCGUGCGGCUGGACUACAUCUCCCUCCACAGGAAGGGUGCGCGCAGCUCCAUCUCCAUCCUGGAGCAGGAGAAGGCCGUCGCGCAGCAGAUCCGGCAGCUCUUCCCCAAGUUUGCGGACACCCCCAUUUACAACGACGAGGCGGACCCGCUGGUGGGCUGGUCCCUGCCGCAGCCGUGGAGGGCUGACGUGACCUAUGCGGCCAUGGUGGUGAAGGUCAUCGCCCAGCAUCAGAACCUGCUACUGGCCAACACCAGCUCCACCAUCCCCUACGCGCUCCUGAGCAACGACAACGCCUUCCUGAGCUACCACCCGCACCCCUUCGCGCAGCGCACGCUCACCGCGCGCUUCCAGGUCAACAACACCCGCCCGCCGCACGUGCAGCUGCUGCGCAAGCCGGUGCUCACAGCCAUGGGGCUGCUGGCGCUGCUGGACGAGGAGCAGCUCUGGGCCGAGGUGUCUAGGGCCGGGACGGUCCUGGACAGCAACCACACGGUGGGCGUCCUGGCCAGCGCCCACCGCCCCGAGGGCCCAGCCGACGCCUGGCGUGCCGCCGUGCUGAUCUACGCGAGCGACGACACCCGCGCCCACCCCAACCGCAGCGUCGCGGUGACGGUGCGGCUACGGGGGGGGCCCCCCGGCCCAGGCCUGGUCUACGUCACGAGCUACCUGGACAACCGGCUCUGCAGCCCCGACGGCGAGUGGCGGCGCCUGGGCCGGCCCGUCUUCCCCUCUGCCGAGCAGUUCCGGCGCAUGCGCGCGGCCGAGGACCCGGUGGCCGCGGCGCCGCGCCCCUUCCCCGCCGGCGGCCGCCUGACCCUGCGCCCCGCGCUGCGGCUGCCGUCGCUUCUGCUGGUGCACGUGUGCGCGCGCCCUGAGAAGCCGCCCGGCCAGGCAAGUGGCAGUCCCCCAACCCGCGCCGUGGCCUGGACUCCUCCUCCCCGACCCCAUCACAGCCCCUCCCUCCCCCCGGUCACCCGGCUCCGUGCCCUGCCCCUGACCCAAGGGCAGCUGGUUCUUGUCUGGUCGGAUGAACACGUGGGCUCCAAGUGCCUGUGGACAUACGAGAUCCAGUUCUCUCAGGACGGUAAGGUGUACACCCCAGUCAGCAGGAAGCCAUCGACCUUCAAUCUCUUUGUGUUCAGCCCAGACACAGGUACUGUCUCCGGCUCCUACCGAGUUCGAGCCCUGGACUACUGGGCCCGACCAGGCCCCUUCUCCAACCCUGUGCCGUAUCUGGAGGUCCCCGUGCCAAGAGGGCCCCCACCCCCUGGCAAUCCGUGAGCCUGUGCCGAGCCCCAGUGGGCUGCACCUCCACCGGCAGUCAGCGAGCUGGGGUUGCACUGUGCCCACGCUGCCUUCCCAUCACCCCCUUUGCAAUAUAUUUUUAUAUUUUA